CCGCCCCGGCGCAGAUGUGGGCACCAGAACUGGAGCCCGCCCUCUUCCCCUGCGGUCGGGUCCGGAGCGAUCUGUGAGCUCCUAAUUGUUGCUGCAGGUUCUUUCAGGUCUGCGUGUCUUUUCUCAGCACUUUGCAAGGCUAGAAAAGGAGGAGGAAUCUAUUCAGAAUCCCUGCAGGACAGGAAAAGGAGGGGAAAUCUCAACAUGGAAAAACUCUGCAAUGAAAAUGAAGGAAUGUCUGAGAACCAAGGAGAGAUGGAACGUAAAGAACAGCCACAGGAUGUGGGAAAGCCAGAAGUAGCUUGUACUUUGGAAGACAAGGAAAAGUUAGAAAACGAGAGAAAGACAGAAGAUGAGGAAAUACUAAAGGAUAAGGAAAAGCCAGAGAGUAUGACAAAGCCAAAAAAUGGAAAGCCAGAGAGUGAGGGAAAGCCAGAGAGCAAGGGAAAGCCAGAGAGCGAGGGACAGCCAGUGAGCGAGGAAAAGCCAGUGAGCGAGGGACAGCCAAAAGAAGGAAAACCAGUGAGCGAGGGAAAGCCAAAAGAAGAAAAAUCAGAGAGUGAGGAAAAGCCAAAAGAAGAAAAACCAGCCAGUGAACCAAGGGCUGCAGGAAAGCGCCCAGCUGGGGAUGAUGUACCCAGGAAGGCCAAAAGAAAAACCAACAAGGGGCUGGCUCAGUGCCUCAAGGAAUAUAAGGAGGCCAUACAUGAUAUGCAUUUGAGCAAUGAGGAGAUGAUAAGAGAAUUUGAUGAGAUGGCCAGGGUGGAGGAUGAGGUGAAGAAAACUAGGCAGAAAUUGGGGGGGUUUAUGUGGAUGCAAAAAAGUUUACAGGACCCCUUCCACCCGAGGGGCCCAAGGGAACUCAGGGGUGGCUGCAGGGCCCCACAAAGGGGCUUUGAAGACAUUCCUUUUGUGUAGUGCCCCUGGCAGGCAUUUGUCAGGCCAUGUGCUUUAACCUUACGCUAAUACUUGCUUUAGCGAUCACUAUUAGUCCUCGAUGUUUCAGUAGUAGAUUUUUGCCCAUUGCAUGGAAAAAUGUUUAUGGCACAUUGUAAAAUUAAAAAGAAAAAGUUUGAUGAACCAUAUAUAUGCCAUCAGUCCAUUUUUGUAAAACUACAAAGGUAUUUACCUAGUGAUCUGUGUACAGAGAAAGCUCUGAAAGCUGUGUCCUGGUUAUCUGUGGGUGAUUUUGUUUUCUGUUUUGUUUUUUUUUUUUAAUCCUUUGUAUAUUUUCUCCUAAAAAACACAGGUUACUUUCAUCAUGAAAACAAUGAAAUAUAAAAAGUAGGAAAACAAUGUAUACCCAGCAACCAAAAUCACUGUCGAGGUAGCUUAUGAAUGCAGUGGAGACACCUAAAAUUCAUGGUCAGGAUGUAAAAUGUUUUGUAAAACUCCUAUUACAUUUGGCACUGGAAGUUGGAAUACUCAACCUGGCUGUUACUACAGAUCCAUUGCUGUAAAAGACAGUCUUGUCAUCUGUCAAGUGGGGUAAAACUUGCCUUCUAAGGCUGUGGAGAUCAGAUGAAGUAAUGAGUGUGUGAACUGUGUGGGGCUGACUCCUACCGUUUGCCCUGCAGUAGCAGAACGAAAAUUCUAUCAGAUGUUUGGGAAAGGGAUGAGGGAGGUCUCACUUGCGUCCAGGAAUAAGUUCAGACAAGUAAAAGGUGGGGGCCACUCCUCUGGGUAAUGCCAUGUCUCUUGGGCACUGUGCCCCUUCUGAGGGGCUCUGUACCCUUCUGAAGCCCCCAUUGCUACUGGUGGGCUGGAGACCAUGAUGGACUAAGGCAACACUGUCUCAACAGAAAAGUGGAGAAUUCUUCUUUACCUACAAUAGUUACCCUAAUUCAGGUGGGUAGUAUCCAAUUGUUACUUGGGCCUUGAUAUUUUAUAAAGAUUUUUAUAAAACAUUCCUUUACAGAACUUUUGUUGGUUUGUGUGUGUUUUUGCAUACAGCCAUCUCCACUGGAUUUAGAUACUGUAGAUUGAGCCAGAAAAAUCUGAGCGCCUAGAUGCUGUGCUGUCCUCACCUAUUAAUCUCUUGUCUGCUGACACUUUUUUAUUAGGUGGAAUUGUCUCUCAGGGAAUUCCUGUUAAGCCCUGCCUUACAUUUGAACAUAUCCAUCUAACUAUGUGAUUUACCCCCUUGGUUCUUCAUUAGCUUUUUAUUUGUCUUUAGUGUUUUUUAAAUAAAUUUUAAUCUUUAGGACAAUUGUAGAUUUACAGAAUUAAUUGCAAAGAUAGUAUGGAGUUUCUGUAUACCCCAUACCCAGUAUCCUCGAUUAACAUCUUAUCUUAGUAUGGUGCAUUUGUCACAAUAAACCAAUAUUGAUACAUUAUUUACCAAAGUACAUAUUUUAUUCAAAUUCCCUGUUUUCCCCUAAUGUCCUUAUUCUGUUCCAGGAUCCUAUCCAGGUUACCACUUACAUUUAGACAUGUCUCCAUACGCUCCUUUUGGCUGUGACAGUUUCUCCGACUUUCCCUGUUUUUGAUGCCCUUGACACUUUUGAGAAGUACUGGUCAGGUAUUUUGUAUAAUGUCCCACAAUUUAAGUAAGUUUGAUUUUGUUUUUCUUGUUACACAUGGAUUAAGUGCUUUUGGGAAGAGGACCACAGAGGUAAGUGCCAUACUCACCACAUCAUGUAAAGGGUACAUGAUAUUAGGGUGCCUUGCUGGCUGAGUUGGUAGCACAUGAGAUUCUUGAUCUUGGGGUCAUGAGUUCAAGCCUCACGUUGGGCAUGGAGUUUACUUUUAAAAAAAGGUCCAAGGGUGCCUGGUUGGCUCAGUUAAGUGUCUGGUUCUUGAUUUUGGUUCAGUUCAUGAUCUCACAAUUGUUAGAUUGAGCCCCGUGUCAGGCUCUGUGCUGAGCGUGGAGUCUGCUUAAGAUUUUCUCUCUUUGCCCCUCCC